UCUUGCUGCUGCCAGGUCCAGAGUGUGUCAUGGGUCCCUGUACGGCCUCCCAUUGCUGCUGUCUCCAUCGCCACACUCUGCCAUGUGCCACUUUCAGGUCUCCUCACACUGCUGGUGGGUUCCAUUUUGUCAUAGGGUGCUGGCAGAUUACGGGCCUCCCAUUGCUGCUGCCAGGCCCGUAAUCUGCCAUGGGCCCCCGUACCGCCUCCUCAUGCUGCUGCCAGGUCCAGAGUGUCUCAUGGGUCCCUGUACGGCCUCCCAUUGCUGCUGUCUCCAUCGCCACACUCUGCCAUGUGCCACUUUCAGGUCUCCUCACACUGCUGGUGGGUUCCAUUUUGUC